AGUGUGUGCGUAUUAAUCUAUCGAGCUGCGCUAUGAGUGUCCGAGGCGGAGAGCGGCUCCUGCAGCGGCUGUUCCGUGCAGUCUGCGGGUUUCUCUACGCGCUGUUUCUCCUGCUGUCUCCGCCACGCAAAGCUGAACGAGUGCCGCCGGUUACCGAGCCGCUGCUCCUCAUCCCCGCUGUGCAGCUGGCCCGGAGGAUCCGCCGCAGACAGGUGUCGAGUGUUGAGGUGGUUCAGGCCUACAUAGACAGGAUCCAGCAGGUGAACCCGCUCCUGAACGCUGUGGUUAAGGACAGAUUUUCGGCAGCUUUGGCAGAAGCAGCUCAGGUGGACAAACUGAUAGCGGAGGAGACUGGGGGCGAGGAUGCUCUUGCAGAUCGACUUCCUCUGCUCGGAGUGCCUUUAUCUGUCAAAGAGUCCUUUUUCUUACAGGGUAUGCCCUGCUCCGCAGGCCUGAUCUCUCGGGCCAGCUUCGUUGCCAGUACAGACGCGCCUGCUGUGGCCCUCCUGAAGAGAGCUGGAGCCAUUCCUCUUGGAGUGACCAACACUAGUGAGCUGUGCAUGUGGUUGGAGUCUAGCAAUCACCUGUACGGCAUCACCAAUAACCCCUACGACACGAGCAGGACAUGUGGAGGAAGCUCAGGUGGAGAGGGCAGUAUUCUGGCCAGUGGGGGCUCCGUGAUUGGGAUUGGAUCAGAUAUUGGAGGCAGCAUUCGCAUGCCCUGUUUCUUUAACGGCAUAUUUGGACAUAAAGCGACUCCAGGAAUAAUCUGUAACGAAGGCCAGAUCCCUCCUUCCUCUGGGCUUGCGGAGGACCUUCUGAGUACAGGUCCAAUGUGUCGCUAUGCUGAAGACCUGCUGCCUAUGCUGAAGAUAAUGGCUGGAGCAAACGCAGACAAACUAUCAUUGUCUUCUGAGGUGGACCUGAAGAAGCUGCGUUUCUUCACAGUAGUAGAUGAUGGUGGAUCGCCAUGGACAUCCCCUGUGGACAAACAGCUGGUUGAAGCACAGAGAAAGGUGAUUCAACAACUAGAGACAGAUUUGGGAGUCAAAGUUAAGGAAAUGAGCUUUCCCCAGCUGAAGUAUUCCUACCAGAUCUGGGACACGUGCAUGGCUCUGCCUGAUAAAGAUGGCAAGCCACCGCAGCCUUUUGUAGAGCUGAUGGCAGAAGGCUCGACCGUGUGGCCGGUGUGGGAAUUGAUCAAGUGGAUUUUUGGCAAAUCCGACCACACGCUCCCUUCCAUUGGUUUGGCUUUAAUGAACAGCAAACCAUCACCGUUCUACCUCAAGCAGAAGGAAGCACUGCAGUGCGACAUGGACAAAGUGUUGGGUUCGGAUGGUGUGCUCCUGUACCCCAGUCAUCCUCUCCUUGCCCCCAGACACCAUCAUCCGUUAUUCACAAUCUAUAACUUCUCUUAUACAGGGAUCUUCAAUGCGCUGGGCCUGCCCGUUACCCAGUGUCCUUUGGGGCUGAGUGAGGAGGGUUUGCCCCUCGGUGUGCAGGUGGUGGGAGGGAAGCUGCAGGACCAUCUCACGCUAGCUGUGGCUCUGUAUCUGGAGAAAGCUUUUGGGGGCUGGAGAAACCCAGGAACCACCUGAGAAACCCGAUCAUGUGGAGCUAAUGGACCCAUGCUGUUCUCACUAGAAAUGAUUAAUUAUAUAGAAAAAAAAAUCUAAA